AUGUCGGCCCAUUCAGCUUCUCCCUCGCCACUGCAGACGCCGGCAAACGGCCAGGUGGACGACAUGCCCAAGGGGCACUGCCGGUACAUCCUGCUGCUGCCUGAGAUCAGGGGCCAGCGCUGUGCUUGCGUGAACUUCUCGCUCAACAAAGACAUCCCGGGCUCUACCUGCGAUUGUGGUCAUCUGGCAUGCUUCCAUAACAAGGGCCCCGACUCCUCGGCCGACCAGAAGCAGGAGCUCGAACUGCUGAAGAAGCGGCUGCAACACCUUGAGGAACAACUUUCCAGGGGGCACGAGGACGUUCUCGACAGCGUCGUCAGCCGCCUGAACGAGGUGGAGGAGCACUUGGAAAAGAGCAGGGAAGAAUUCAGUGAACAGAUUAAGGGUGCCUACCGAAACAUCAGCAUGAGUUGGCGGUCCAUCCAACAGGCCGAGCAAAAGAGCCAGCAGCACGAUGACCAACUCCGCCAAAUCUACGACAAGCUCCGUGACCACGACGAAAGGCUCGACCGGCUGCAUGCGGGUCAGCUGGAGCUCCGGGACGCCGAUCUCAGCCUGGAAGAGCGCAUCGAGAACCUAACCGAAACGCUAGAAGAGGAGGAAGAAAUCCGCCUGUCGGCCGCCAUGGCUACACGCCUACCACGAAGGCGAUCAACAUCCGACACGUCUUCCCGCCCAAACGGCCCUUUAGGAACCCCUUUAGGGGCCCCUUUAGGGGCCGGGGCCGCCCCCCGACUUCCGUACCCCUCCCCAACGGGCGGCCCCCACCACGGGUAUGGCGCCGGCACCGGGCGCGACGCGAGAGCCUCGACUACCGCCAUCACCACCUCGCAACACCAUCCUCCCCACCAUCAUCACCCCUCCCCGCGCCGGCUCCUCGCGGCCACUGCCCGGCCCACCACCAACACGGGCGCCUGGACAGUGCACAUCUCGCUGCUACCGCAUGCCUAUGUGCCCAUGCCCUUCGAGCGCAACACGACGGCGUACCAGCGCUGCCUGUCGCGCGGCUUGCACCAGAUGGUAGCGGUGCAGGGCCGCGACGCAGCGUCGUUCCGGGCGGCCGUCGAGAAGGCGUUCGGCCGGUUCCUGCGCGGGCGCGAGUGGAUGCCGCUGCAGGCGAAACUGUGCGAUGCCGAGACGCUACAGGGCCUGCCGAUGCUGCGACUGCUGGACGAGACGCUAAUGCAGGGCGUCAUGGACCGGUGUGACCACGAGUUCUUGCGGCGGUACUGUGCCGUGGUGGAUGCCCACGGGGUCAUUGAUUCGCUGUACAUCGCCAUGAAGCGGCAUACGCUCUCGUGGCAUACGCUGAGGCACUCGCCCGUGUUUAUGGAGGGGUUGGAGGGUUGCUGGGCGUAUGAUGCGCUGUUGGACACGGACCCGUUUGACGGGGACAUGGCGGUCGAUGACGAGGACCGUCCCGCCGUGGGGGACAUCAUGACGGCCGUGCCGCCGCCGCUGCUGCAGCAGGCUGGACUGAAGAGGCCGCUGGCUGAGAUGUCGAGGUCGAGUAGCUUUAGCUCGGGCUCGUCGGGCGGCGGGGAGCAGGCGAGGGUCAAGAGGACCUGUCCUGCGCCGCCGCAGGGGGCAAUCGUCGAGAUCCGGAGGAGAGAUAUAAAGACUGCGUGA